AUGGCUGCUGAUAAGAAAAGCGAUUUAAAACUGACGAAAGAUGAAUCGGAUCGAUUCAAGAAAGCGUUCGAAAAUGAAGAAUUUCGUAAGAUGUUUUUUGAUUACGCAAAAGAGAUAUCGGAUCCAGAAAAUAGAAAGAAAUAUGAAGAGGAAAUUGCCAUGAUGGAAAUGGAACGAGGAGUCGAUGUUAAAUUUCUCCAUCCUAAACCUGGAUUUGUUGUCAAGACAGCUUAUAAAGACACGAAGAAAAAGGUAUUAAUUAAUAUUGCUUGGUCAGAUGCAGUUGCAAAAGCUACAGCAACUUCAAAAAAAGUUUCUCCAGACGGAUCCAAAAGACCUGGUCAACAAUGGUCAAUCCCAUAUAGUUUAGCGCCCAUUCGAGAAGAUUUAGAUAAAGCGCACAAUAGCUGUGAUGUCUGUGACGCAGUCUUCCAUCAGGAGAUUUAUGAAAAAUCUCAAAAUGAUCAAAGACUGAAGCAGCUUCUGAUCGAUACGGCUCUAGAUGGUAUUGAGAGAGAAUUCAAAAAAAAGCUAGAUAGAAAAAACUUAAAAUUUCCAAAAUUAGCUUACAAGGGAGUCCCUUCACCCACUGUCAUAAGGAAUAAAUCAAAAGAGGCAUGUAUAGCAAUUCUCACCAAUGAAUAUGCAUCUUUUUCAUAUCUAAAUAGACACCGUACACCACCUGAUGAUCAAGAUAGUCCAAUAAAAUUUCCUAAUCCUUAUAAAGCUGUGGACGAACUGAAGGAAAGGCAAGAACAAAGAAAACACCAAGCUAAGGAUAAUAGCAAAUCUAAGCAAGACCCUACUGCCCCUAAAUAUACAAUUGUUCAACGCAGUAAUUUUGAUUUGAAAGAUUAUCGUGACUCUAGGGAUUCUGCUCCAAGCACACGACCAAAUGAACUUUCUGUUUCCAUUGAGUUACCAUUACUAGAUUCAGCAACUGGAUUAGAUCUCGAUGUCUUCGAGACCUAUAUAACGCUGCAACAUAAAGAUCCAAACUAUAAUCUUAGUGCUGCGCUUCCUUAUCCAGUUGAUACUGAUAAUGGCAGUGCAAAGUUUGAUACAUUGAAAAAGUGUCUUAUUGUAACCUUACCCGUCUUACCGAGCAAAGAAACAAAUAAUCCAGUAACGUAUAUUGCUAAAACGUUAGCAUUGUCUUCCGUUGCAUUACAGAUUCAAGACUCAUCGGAAAGUAAACCAAUCAAAAAUGAAGUUAAUAGCCCACAAUAUACAUAUUCUCAAACUGACGAUGAAGUUGUCUUUGUAAUUCAUGUGCAAGAUAUUGAUUCAUCUACAAUGAAAUCCAAAUUUUUAGAACGACAGUUCUCAUUAGAAUUUUCGGCUACAGAAGCAACUAAUACAACUGAAAGAGAAAUCAAGCAUUUUUCUCUAUACACUGAAUUUAUUGAUGGGUGUUUCAACAUUAAUAGUUGCAAUAUUGAUAUAAAGCCCUACAAUCUAGUUGUUAAGUUAAUUAAGGAUAGUAGUUAUAAAUAUCAGUGGUCAAAAUUUAUGGCAGGGAUAUCACCCUGUGAAUUAGAGGAAAAAUUUUUUAUAACUCCAGAAAAUAUUGAAAUGUUAUCACAAGAGAAUGAAAAUGAUAACUGGGCCAACGGUAGUGACUAUAAAGUGGCAGCAGAAGUCGCUGAGAAAACUUCGGAACAAUUGGUAGUCAAUAUUGAUGUGGAAAAAGUUAAAAGCAGUAUGACUGAUUCUUACGAAAAAGACGUUACCAAAUCCUCUGUUGACCACAACGGUGAUCAAAAAUCUUAUAAAAACGAACAAGAAAUUAGUAAUGCAAACAAAAGUGAGGAGAAAAUAACACUUGCUACUUCAGAAAACCUUAUAACGAGCAGUUCUGCUGUGAAAGCCACCCCAAAAGAUGACUCAAUUUCAUCAAUAGACGAUUUAAAAUCUAUCGAAACAUCGGUAGAUAUCCGUAAUAACGAUGCAACUAAGACUAGUCCGGAUACGAAAGUAUUAAUAUCUCCUGUUGAAGAUAUUCCUUCGCUUACCAGUGCAGAUGAUAAUGAAAUUGUAAAUAAAGUUCUAGAUAAUGAUGACAACUCUCAAAAUCAGCAAGCUAAAACAAAUUUAGACUUAUCUCAAGCUAAAACCAGUAUUCGGAUUACUAAGGAUUUAUCUUCAAAAUUUAAGAAUAAUUUAAUCUUUGAAUUAGAUGAUUAA